AUGGAUUUAGGUAGUCCAGAAUGUUAUGUUGAUCAAGUUAGUUGUUUUAUGAAUACCUUUAAAGGUUAUUUAAAUUCCAAUCUUUGGAAUCGACAAGCCCGUUUUGAUCUUUCAAAGAUUCCAGACUUAUCAGGUAGAGUGGCUAUUGUGACUGGAGGAAAUGGAGGAUUAGGCUAUGAAACAUGUCUAGAACUCGCUCGUCAUGGUGCCAAAGUAUAUAUGGCAUCUAGAAAUGAAUCAAAAGCGAAAUUAUCAAUCCGUAAAAUCUUAUCAGAAAUUCCAAAUGCCAAAAUCGAUUAUCUUUAUUUCGAUUUAACGAUUUUAUCUAGUGCAAAAAAAGCUUCGAUUAGGUUUAUGAAUCAAGAAGAUCGACUUGAUAUUUUAAUCAAUAAUGCUGGAGCAAUGAUGACACCAUAUGAAUUAAGUAUAGAUGGAAUCGAACUACAAGCAUGUGAUACAACAGGUCAUUUUGCUCUAACUCAUUACCUUUUACCGAUCUUAAAAAACACUUCCAAACUUUCAAAUGUUAGAAUCAUCAAUAUCACCAGUAUGGCUCAUUACUUAAUUAGAAAACCUAACCUUUCUACACUUGAUGGUUUGAAUUCUAAAUCGCUAAGUGGUUGGGGUAGAUACAAAACAAGUAAACUGACUAAUAUCUUGUUUAAUAAUCAAUUACAAAAGAGAUUAGAAGAUACCAAUAUAACUUGUUUAGCAGUUCAUCCUGGUAUUGUUUAUACAGAUGUCUUUAGAAACUUAUUCCCAACCGAAUCUCAAUCUGAAUACUUAAGUUUUACUUCAUUACAUGAAUCUUGGAUUUCCAUCAACAUAAUUUGCUUGAUUUAUAUUCGAUUUUUAUCUUUUUUAAUUUCCUUCUUAAUCGAUCCAUUGAUGAAACUUUUCAUGUGUGAUGCGAAACAAGGAGCCUUAACCCAACUCUACGCAGCUACUUCUCCAGAAAUCGAAACCAAAAACCUAAAAUCUAAUUAUAUAGUACCAUACGGACAAAUUGGUAGAAAAAGUCUGUAUGCUCAAGAUUUGGAUGGGAAAUUAGGCCGAUCACUUUGGAUGUUAUGUAUGAAACUUUUAUAUUUAGAAGAAAAUCGUCAAGAAUGA